UCCCGGGUUCCGGGGGAAGUGUGUUACGGGGACACUGGCCCGACUACUUUCGUUCCGUCCUCCAUCGCUCUCUCCCGUGCAAUGGCGUCCGGGCUGGUAAGAGUGCUGCAGCAGGGGCCUCGCUGCCUCCUUGCUCCAGUCGUCCCCAAGCUGGUCCCUCCGGUUCGGGGAGUGAAGAAGGGAUUCCGCGCCGCCUUCCGCUUCCAGAAGGAGUUAGAGCGGCUGCGCCUUCUGCGGUGCCCGCCGCCGCCCGUGCGCCGUUCCGAGAAGCCGAACUGGGAUUACCAUGCAGAAAUACAAGCUUUUGGACAUCGGUUACAGGAAAACUUUUCCUUAGAUCUUCUCAAAACUGCAUUUGUUAAUAGCUGCUAUAUUAAAAGUGAGGAGGCCAAGCGCCAGCGACUUGGGAUAGAGAAAGAAGCUGUACUUCUGAAUCUUAAAAGUAAUCAGGAACUAUCUGAACAAGGGACAUCUUUUUCACAGACUUGCCUCACACAGUUUCUUGAAGACGAGUUCCCAGACUUGCCCACUGAAGGCAUCAGAAAUCUUGUUGACUUUCUCACUGGUGAGGAAGUCGUGUGUCACGUGGCUAGAAACUUGGCUGUGGAGCAGUUAACACUGAGUGAGGAAUUCCCAGUGCCCCCGACUGUAUUACAGCAAACUUUCUUUGCAGUUAUUGGAGCCCUGUUACAGAGCAGUGGACCCGAGAGGACUGCACUUUUUAUCAGGGACUUCUUAAUUACUCAAAUGACUGGAAAAGAGCUCUUUGAGAUGUGGAAGAUAAUAGAUCCCAUGGGGCUAUUGGUAGAAGAACUGAAGAAAAGGAAUAUUUCAGCCCCUGAAUCAAGACUUACAAGGCAGUCUGGUGGCACCACAGCUUUGCCUUUGUAUUUUGUUGGCUUAUACUGUGAUAAAAAGUUGAUUGCAGAAGGACCUGGGGAAACAGUAUUGGUUGCAGAAGAAGAGGCUGCUCGAGUGGCCCUUAGAAAACUUUAUGGAUUCACAGAGAAUAGACGACCUUGGAACUAUUCCAAGCCCAAAGAAACCUUGAGAGCAGAGAAGAGCAUCACUGCCAGCUAGCCAGCCAUGAAUGUGGCAGCCUGAAACUUGAGACUGAAAAUCACUAUGUAUACGCGGAUUUUCUUCUGUUUCUGCCACCCUGAGACAGCAAGACCAUCCUCUUUUCCUCCUCCUCUUCAGCCUACUCAGCAUGAAGACAAAGAUGAAGAGCUUUUUGAUCAUCCAUGUCCACUUAAUGAGUCGUAAAUAUAUUUUCUCCUCUGAUUUCCUUUAUAUUUUUUAGCUUACUUUGUUGUAAGAAUAAAGUUUAUAAUACGUAUAACAAAAUGUGUUGAUUGUUUAUUAAUGUAUUAUCAGUAAGGCUUCCAGUUAGCCAUAGGCUAUUAGGAGUUAAGUUUUUGGGAAGUCAAAAGUUAUAUACAGAUUUACUGCUACAUAAGGUGUCAAUAUCCCUAAUCCCUGCAUUGUUCAAAGGUCAACUAUAUUUUACCUUUUUUUCAGAGUUAACUUCAAAUCCUAGUAAUGAAACACAAGGAUAGAGGACCAAAACCAGUGGUAAAAUGCCAUUUAUGUGUGUUACCCACAAGUAAACAUGAUUCGAUAGGCAUCUCAUUGGUACUGUAGGAGAAAGGAGAUUAUAUGACGAACUUUUCUGGAAAGCAAAAGACGUCUUAUGACCACUUAGCGUCUGUGAGAUGGCAGAAUCUAGCUGUAGUAUGAUUCUAAUUUUUUUUAAGGUAAACAUUAAGAAAGUCUAGAGAAUUCAUUUGCAAACCCAGUAAUCCUUUUUCACCCCCGCUAAAUAGUGCUGAUUGUGCAUUCCCAAAUUUCGCCUGCUCAGGGGAGUUUGCAGGACCUUAACCUACAGUCUUGGAGGGGAACUAUCCUUUUAGGUUUUCAAGCUUUUAAAACUUGAAUGCUUCCAGAUUUACAUGUGGGACAAGUCUAGCUCUAGUUGAUAAAACUGCUUUGCAAGUAGAGAUCCAUAUGCCUCAUGUAGAAUGUAAUUUCAACAUAUUUCUAAGUAAAGGCUUCUUUGAACUUAAGUUGCACUUUUUAAAAGCACCCACUAAAAUAGGGUAGAAAUGUAGAAAAUUUAGAAAAAUUGACGUACAUUUUCAAUUGUGUAUCAAAUAUAGCUUGAAAUUUGGAAUCAGUCUCUGAGUGUGCUAUUUGUCCUAUGAGCCUAACUGCAUAAAUAUGACAUGUGGGCAGAAGGAACAUGUGAGUACAAGGGUGUCGUCAAAUGGUGCAUGUGACCAAGAGCAUUCAGUGACCAUGUGAAGGACUAGCUUUUUGACUAAUGCCUCGUCCAUGUUGAGAAGACAGUCAUAAGACUGGAAGGAAGCACUGACAUUUGAAUUUAGGUUCACACCAGAGAAAGGCAUUAGUCAUUUACUUUGAAAUUCCGACUUUUUCCACCUUUUCCCACUCUCUAGUUCCCUGUGCCCAAAGUAUAGUUGUACCAAAAACAUCCCCUAGCCAAAAAUACAACAUUAAUGUCUACAAACUUAGUUACAUAACCCCUAUUCUUUUAAAUUCAUACUCUUUAUUGUAUGCAUAUGUAUAAUGAGGAAUAUUUUUCUCAAAAUGUUGUAUGUGGUCACAAGAAAGUAAACUAGAAACUAAUACUAAACUCCAAGUAAGAAUGGAACAAAUGGGAACUUUUUGUGUUCAGCGCUGUACUGAUUUUGGCCACAAGAUGGUGCUGUAAUCCUAUUGCACAAUUUAGUAUGUGACUUGUGCCAUUAUGGGGAAUCUAUUUUCUACCGAUACAGGAAAGAUUAUGUCUAUAUGGCACGGGAUUACCAUGAAAUAUGACUUUUCAACGCCCCUUUCGGCUCUCAUAUUCCAUGAAUACUUCUUCAGGAGCCAGCUCACCUUGUUCUUCCCUCGCCUUUGGAUGUUACAAGAAUUUGAUGUAUGAACAGUGCACCUCUGAUGUGAAGGUAUGGAUUUUUGAGCUCUUUUCUAUUCACUGAAAAGAAGGAAGACUGCAGGGCUGCCAUAGAUAAAACUUUUAAAAGACUU